AAAUUGCUAAAAACUCCAAUAUUAGGGUUUAUCACAAGAGUGAAAGAGAAAGAGAGAAUGGGAGGCAAGGGACGAAAAAGGAGAGAGAAGAACUACAAGGCUGCUCACGGUGGCGCCACCGCCCUCCCUCCACCGCCUAAAUCCUCUCAACUCGACGCUCUCCCCUUCAAACUUCGCCAAAUCAUCUCUUUCUCUAAAAACCAAAACGAUUCUAAUGGCUUAUCAAAGAAAUUAGAUAGUGGAGAGGCUCAAAAGGUGGAUGCUAAGGUUGAUACUAGUGCAACAUUGAAGGCACCUCAACAUUGUGAUGAAGAGGUUAAUGCAAUUGAUGAUAUUGAUGAUAAGAGUAAGAAAAAAAGAAAGAGGAAGGAGGUUAAAGAUCUCAGGUUUGCAAUGGACGAGGAUAAAACGAGAGCCCAGUUAAAGAAAAAGGAGCGUAAAAAGAAGUAUGAAGCGAAAAAGAAGAAGCACAAAAAGGUUGAAGAAGAUGAACUUUUGGGCUUUCCUGGUAAAGAAAAAAUUAAAUUUGGAGAUAUUGUACAAGCCCCACCAAAGUUAUCUUUCAUUCCAAAAGGAGUCAAGGUUUCACAGGAUGCUUCUCAUGAGAGACUUAGACUCCGAGCUAUAGAGGAUUACAGGAGUCGCAAAGCAUGGACAUCAAGACCAGGAAAUCACUGCCCACCUCCGGUGACUACACCCGAGCCUUAAAUUGUUUGCACCAUGUUUGUAAGGAUACUCUGCUUAACCAAGGGAGUCUUGUGAACAAAUAAGAGAAAUUCAACACGGCUCUUUGAUAUUCAGAAGUAACUUAGGUUCUUUAUAGAAAGUAUGACCAAAUACCAUACUUGCACUUCUGCUGAAGUCAUUAGUUACAUUCAGUUUGAUCCAUGAAAAGGUGAUAUCUGAGUUACUAGAUUGGUUAACUUUUGUUUAAGCAUAGAUAAAAAUAUUGACUCAAAAUGACCUGCUAUUUGUAUUUUUGUGUCUUAAGUAUUUCAUUAAUUUA